AUGCAGACCCGAGCAGCACAAGUGAUCCUGCUCAUUCUUUCACUUGUUCUAGCGAUCUUUCUCCUCAUAGCCGCAUCCAAAUAUGCAGCAUGGUCAAAGGUAAUGACGGUAGCAUCGGGAAGUUGGCUUCCAUUAGUCUUCUAUAUCGGCACCAUUCCAUUGCUCUCGCUCCUCUACACAACUUCUCACUUGGCUGCUUUACAAUUCAAAGGGCUCCCUGUUCCACCGUAUCCCAACGCUCGGGACUCAAUACCUACAUCGGCCAAGUCACGCGAGAAACCCUACGAUCCAGAACGUACGGUGAGCACAACAUUCUUCAUCCUAGCCGUGGGAGUGGUGCAUCUCCUCGCCUGGCUCAUCCAAGCAAUAUUAUGCACAUCGUGCGAACUUGCCCCCAUCCUCGCCGGGACUCAAGGCCGAGUUCCACGCUGGUGCCCCCAGUCCCGCUUCAAAGACACCGGCAAGCCCGGGCUUGCCGACAUGCUCGGCACACUGGCAACAGUCAAAGACUUCAUGCAAUGGGUGAUGGUAGCGAUGGCAAUUUUGCUCAUCGAGUGCGCACGCCGCGAGUACAUGCGCGCAAACCGAGUACAACGGGAGGCAUUCCGACAAGCCGGUGCAGGCAUUGAUUUCGGUGGACCCAGCAGAGGCGGAGAUUUCAAAAUGCCCGGUUUCACAAAUGGUACGGUCAUCGAGCUGAACAACUUGAAUAUCAGUGGACCCCGACUGUUCAGGCCCGAGGAGGAAUUCGCGAACAAGCAGGCGCAAGGUGGACAGAGGAUGAACGAGGAGGAGAAUAAGGGGGCGCCUGACACCGGCCCACGACUACCUCCUGGGCCCGUCGGCCCCGGUGUACCCGGUAAUCGUGACAAUUACUAUGGCAAUGGCAUGGGACUGAAGAGGAGCAACACCUUAAAUUAUAUGUACGAGUCGAGAGUAUGA